UCGUUUGUUGUGUUCCAGUUCCUGUGAUGAACAUGGCGGCUGGUUGUUGUGGAACGAAAAAACAGAAGCUCAAUAAUUCUUCAAGUAUUCCUUGUAAUGGAACAUCUGUGAUUUCUAAUGGUAUUAGAAAUGGAAUGGUUGCGCAUCCUGAAAUGUGUUUCUUCUGCUUUGAUGUUUUAUACUGCCAUUUACACAGUUUAGAACCUCCCAAAACUCCUGACUUCUGCAACGAUCCAUAUCCAUUAUUUGUAACUUGGGAGAUUGGAAAAGACAGACGUCUGAGAGGGUGUAUUGGUACAUUCAAUGCAAUUAACUUGCAUAAUGGAAUCCGUGAAUAUGCUGUCACAAGUGCUAUUAAGGAUUCCCGCUUCAGUCCUAUUACUCGUGAAGAGUUGACCAAGCUCCAUGUUUCUGUGUCCAUUUUGCGUCACUUCGAGGAUGGAGCUGACUACAAAGACUGGGAAGUCGGAGUUCAUGGUAUUCGAAUUGAAUUCCACAAUGAAAAAGGCAGCAAACGUACGGCAACUUACCUCCCAGAGGUUGCUACUGAACAGGGUUGGGAUCAGAUUCAAACCAUUGAUUCAUUGCUUCGCAAAGGAGGAUUCAAAGGACAUGUGACUCCUGACAUAAGACGCAACAUUAAGUUGACUCGUUACCAAAGUGAGAAAGUGAGUGUUGGCUAUCAGGAGUACCUGAACCACUGGCGGAGCCGGCGUUGCUAGCAGCAACUCUGGGACUCUCCUGGGAGAGUCCCAGCUGCGUGGUGGGGGCCCCGCAACGUAGAGCCGCCAUUCCGACCUCCAUUCUACCAGCCCCCACACAUGCAGCCCCCGCCGCCGCUACACCCGAUACCCAUACACCCACCACAUCUGCCUGCGGUCAGCUGGUGGGAACACCGCACCCCACAUCCUCAUUACGGUACUUACCCUACCAAGAAACGGAAGUGACGUCGACCAAACCUUCGUAAAUGUGCAUUUUAUUGUCUCGCUUCCGGCCUUCUGGUGCAAUUAGUCCUCGGAUUUAUGACAGGUGUCAUGUUGUGAUUCCAUAUGUCUCUUUCGUCAGAAUAAUUUUACUCGUUUUCCAGUUCCAAGUGCUCUAUUUGGGAAUUGAGUAAAAAGUAUUCUGAUAAAAGGGAGUUUUGAAUGUUUGGCAUGAAUCGUGUUGUAUUUAGACCUGAACCUUUUCGAUAAUUUGCUCACCGAUGCGUAGUAAUCAGCUGGAUGCCUGAAUGUGUUUUCAGUGAAGAUGCCAGAAAAGUUCUUAAAGUGAUUAUAGUGUUGGUGAAUACUGAUUGUGGCAGAUUUAUAGUUAGUGUCGUUAGAAGUUAUACUAUUUCAUACCUUCGAUUAUUGGGUAUAAGGUACUAAUCUAAGACGUGUUACAAUGUAACAUAAGUUAUUCCCUCCAAUAGAGGGUUACUUCUUACACUAGAUUCAGUGACAGUUGACAAUAUAGAUUUGAAAAUCAUUUUUGUGAAAAAACAACCACACAUAAUAAUUUAUGGAAAGUUGUCAUUUUUUAUCUGUAAGAACAUUAACAUUCAAAGACCCUUUCUUCAGUUGUAUUAGUUUAAAGUGUUUUAUUACCAUAGUCUCGAUUUGGAAGAUGGCUUUGUAAUUGUUGCUAAUUUAUUCUUUCUGAAGUCGAACUUUCAAAAACAAUUACAAAAUUAUGAUUGUAAUUAAAAAAUAUAUCUGGUGUCAUUUUAGUUUAAUAUUAAUGAAAGAAGUGUUCCAAAAUGUCUGAAUUGUUUUAAGUUAUAGAUUAAACUUGUAUUGGGCGAAAGUAGUUAUAUUUUAUGCUUAAAGUGACGUGUUUGUUUCAUCUAUUAACUGAGUUAAUUUUGGCUCAAUGAUUGCUCAUAUCAGUAACUGAACAGGUGUGUCUCGGUACAUUAUUUUAGAAACAUAUAUUUUCAUAGUUUAAAGAAUUAUUAUAAAAGUUUCUUUCAGAUUAAAAAAUGUAUGAAAUUGUUUAAGUUUAGUGUUAAAAUCAUGUGGGUUAUGAUAUAAGAAAAAUGUUUAAUCAAUAUGUUCCAUUGUUUUUAUUAAAGUGUGUUUUAAUUUAUGCUAA